UCUCUCUCUCUCUCUCUCUAAUCACUUUCUCUCUCCUCACUUUCUCUCUCUUCGAAAACCUCACUCAUCAAUUCAUCAUGCAACAGGCGCUUCCAUUUAGGGAUUGGCUCACCACCGCCGGCAGCGGCGGAGGGGGUAGAUCCGCGGCUGCCGCAGCGGCGAACGCCAAUUCGGUUAGUGAAUCGACGAUCGGCGACGCAGGGAGCGCGAGGAAACUGGUGGCGGAGAAUGCGGUGGUGGUUUUCGCGCGGCGAGGAUGCUGCAUGUGCCACGUGGUCCAGCUUCUGCUGCGCGGCCACGGCGUUAACCCGUCGAUCGCCGACGUCGAUGAGCAGAAUGAAGCUGAUUUAGCCGAUGAAUUGGCGAAAAUUGCCGGCGACGGCUCCGCCGUGCCGCAGUUGCCGGCGGUGUUCGUCGGCGGCGAACUUUUUGGUGGACUGGAGGAAGUUAUGGGCGCUCAUAUCUCCGGCGAAUUGGUGCCUAGGUUAAGAGAAGCUAAAGCUUUGUGGCUUUGAUUCAGUCUCUGGUUUUCCAGUUCUGUAGAAUUUUGGUUUAGAAGGAUCCUGAAAUUAAUAUUAAUUAAUUAAUUUUUUUUUCUGUUGUUUAGAAUUUUCUUUUACUGUUUUGUAUUUUCUAGAAAUUGAAAAAUGUUUUAUUGAAAAUACAAGGCAGAAUAAAAAAGGUUGAAAAAAUAAUGUGGAUCUGCCAAACUUGUUGAAUCAUUUUGUAAAUAUUAUUCUUAUCCCUUCAGUUGUAA